UUCCCAAGAAAUUUUUCUGGCCAAAAGAUAAAAGAAUUUUUCAUUCUUCAUUGCAUUUCCUCUCUACAAACUCAUAAAGGAAAACAGAGUCGUGUGACUUCUCUCCGAUCGUUGCGUUCGUCGGAUUCUGGUGUUUCAAGUACCGGUACAGCCAGAAAAGGUACGUCCGUUCUAUCCUGGGAGGAAUAGUUCCAAUAACCUUGGGUACCGUAGAGGGGAACUAAAUUCCUUAAGGAGAAAUAGUGAAUUCUAUUGGCUCGGGCGUUGUUUAUGCAUGUG